AUGGAGAUGAAUAUCGCCAGCAGCAAGAUAGUAGAGCUGGAGGGUGACCUCUUUGACGCCCCUGACGGGGCCGCCUUGAUCCAUGCCUGCAAUUGCGUUGGAUCCUGGGGCGGGGGCAUCGCCUUGGCUUUUCGAAAGAAGUACCCUGCGGCGUUUGAAGUAUAUAAGUCACACUGUCGCACUUACAGCAAGAACCCAAAGUACCUCGAUACCUCCGAAGCUGCUGUUAGCUUCGGCCCGAUAACCCGCAAUGUCCCGCUACCAGAGGGCUCUGCCUUGAUAAUCCCACCCCAGAGGAAGGAUUACGAAAGUCACCGGGGAAAGAAACACUGGAUAAUAUGCUUAUUCACGUCGCGAGGGUAUGGACGCCAAGUGAGCGGCAUUGAUGUGAUUCUGCAGAACACCGAGCUGGCUCUUGUAGAUCUCAAGGAACAACUCAAUCUACUGCAGUCCAGGGAGUCUGGGCCGGAGUAUACGGGAAUCCUGGAGCUUCGCGCGUGUCGAUUCAACUCUGGGUUGUUUGGUGUGGACUGGGGUUAUACGAGGGAGUUAUUGGAUAAAUCGGGACUCGAGGUUACUGUUGUUCGUCCGCCUGGCGAGUGA